CAUAGACCACAGUGGUAGGUACAUUAUCAACUAUCAAGUGGAAGAAAAAAAAAAGCACCGAUGUCAUGUCCACAUUCAGUCGGCAAAAAAGAUAAAUUUUGAUUUAAUUUUACAUUAGUAUAAUCACGUCAUUAAGUGGGUAAUAUAUACUACAAGAAAGUGAAGAAGACAAAAUUCAACAGAAAAUCAAAAUGGGAAGGGGGAAAGUCGAGCUAAAGAGAAUAGAGAAUCCAACAAAUAGGCAAGUCACCUUCUCCAAGAGAAGAGAUGGUUUGCUCAAAAAAGCCAUUGAACUCUCCAUUCUUUGUGAUGCUGAGGUUGCUCUUCUUGUCUUCUCUCCUUCCGGCAAAGCUUAUCACUUCUCCAGCCAUGACAUGGAUAUGACUAUCAGGAGGUACAGAAACGAAAAGGGUCUGCAUAAAAUGAACAACCAUGGAGUAAGAACAAUCGAGGUAUGGAAGAACGAAAUGGAUGAGAUGAAGAAGACAAUCGAGAUACUUGAAACAAAACACAAGCAUUUGGCUGGAGAAGAUCUUUCAUCGUUAGGGAUAAAAGAACUCAAACAACUUGAACGCCAACUGAGGAUCGGAGUUGAUCGCGUUCGAUCUAAAAAGUGGCGCCUUUUAUCGGAGCACAUAAGUUUAUUGAAGAGAAAUCAUAAAGCCUUGCAAGAAGAACAUACGAUUCUUCAGAAAAAACUUCAUGAGCUGCUGAACGAAGCUGAUGAAUACUCAGGCUUGGAUUCAUCUGAUCAUGCAAUUCAAAGGUUUAUUCCAGAUGGGCAACCUCAUUCACCACUCAACAUGAACCAGCUCGGUUUUUCCAACAAUUGAUUAUAUUUUCGUCAUUUCUCCAAUGGUUAAGUUUAUUAUCAUCUUGUCGUUGUCACUAAUGUAGUAAAAUAUAUAUAUUAAAAAGAAUUGAAUUAGUUUGGUUACUAUAAGGUAUAUAUCGCGCGAGUAAUAGUUCCUAGGUUUGUUUUUAUGUAAAAUGUUGAUAUGCAUAGUUUUUAUGUAAAAUGUUGAUAUGCAUACAGAAGGUAAUGCGUGUGUACAAGUAAUCUUUAUAAGUAUUUGUCACUCAUGAAAUUUAUGUUUUUUUUCAAG